AUGCAUGGGGACAUUCAUUACAACUGGACCAGCUGUGAACCUGGUCACUGGAGCAAAGUCCCUGCCACGCUGCUCAUCUGCCUUUGUGGGCUGCUGGGGAACGGGGCUGUGCUCUGGUUCUUCACCUCCCAUGCCCACAGGAACCCCAUCACCAUCUACAUCCUGAACCUGGCUGUGGCUGACUUCACCUUCCUCCUCUCCAUCACCACUGCCCUUGGGAUACUUUAUGGACCAGAAACCCUUUGCCAGAGGCUGGGCUCAAGGAAUGUGACAACUGUGUUGAACAUCACCAUCCUCUUCUCCUUCACCGCCAGCAUCUACCUCCUGGCAGCUUUCAGUGCCAUGGCAGCUCUGUCUGUCCUCCCCACAGCCCAUUGCCAUGGCUCCUGGUGCUUGCCAGUGCUUGUGUGUGCCUUGUUCUGGAUCCUCUCCUUCCUCCUCACCAUGACCAUCUUCUUCUGCCCUGCAGCACUCAUUGCCUUCGUCCUCAGCUACCUCUUAUCACUGCUUACCCUGGUUUUAUCUGGUCUAACCCUGCUUGCCAGGGUCUUGUGCUGUUCAUGGCAACAUUCUCCAGGGAGGCUCUGUGCUGUGGUCCUGCUCGCUGUCAUCUUCUUCCCCUUCUUCACCGCUGAUUUUGGGUACAGGCUUUUGCUAAGGCUGUUUGAUUUCUCAGUCUUUGUCUUGGAUGCCUCCCUGCCCUUGGCCUGUGCGAACAGCAGCAUCAACCCUGGUAUUUACUUCCUGGCUGGGAGCUGCACAAAGAAGUUCACACUCUCUGUGAGGCUUGCUUUCAAGAGGGCUUUCGGAGACCUAACAGAGCCCCAGAAUAGAGGUGAAACUCCCAGAGCAAACACAGUGGAACCAGCUGUUUAA